UGUCUGGAGACCACAUAAUCUCACCCUUCUCAUCCGAAGCGGAAAAAUGGCGCAGGCUCUACUAACAAACACCUUUCUGCGGGGAAAACCUGUCGUUCCAGUUCGGCCUCUCCCCACCAGCAAUGUAAUGGUGGGGAGCACACGAGUAACUUCCGUGACAUGCAGGAAGAAGGACAUACACCCACAGUUCUACGAGGACGCGAAGGUGUACUGCAAUGGAGAGCUGGUGAUGACUACUGGAGGUACUCAGAAGGAGUAUGCGGUCGAUGUUUGGUCCGGCAACCACCCAUUCUACCUCGGCAACCGAUCCGGCGUCUUGGUGGACGCCGACCAAGUAGAGAAGUUCAGGAAGAAGUUCGGUGAGCUGUCUCAGAUUAUGGAGAUUCCAGUCCUCAAAGGAGAGAUUGUCCUUCCCUCUAGGCGUAGGGGAAUUUCUCCCAAGGGAGGCAAGAAGAAGUAGGCGACGUCGUAAUACGCUCGUUUCACCUGGUUGACAAGUAUGCCAUAGAUGAAGACUUGAAAGUGGUGUAAAGAUAUCUGGGAAUAUAACAUAUUUACGAUAUUCUUAGCCUGAGAACCCAGAUGAUGUCUCGUGUAGAUUUUCCUUGGUAGUUUUAUCUUGAUUUUGUAACCUCAUGAUGAUUCUUCAUUACAAGAAGGAGCAACACAAACAUCUAAUGCGAAUUCCUAGUUGAAGAAAACUAAACCUUUAUUUGAAAGAUGACAUUUUUCUUAA